AUGAACUUAACAUUAAUUGAGAUUGAACGAAAUCUUCAAAGGAAGAGCCGAAGUUUAAAGGAAUUUGCUGGAAUGCCUUAUCCAAGUGGAUAUGUGGUUAAGCAGUUGGGAAAUAAGCUCAUAUACGAAGAGCGGAGUUACAAUCCAGCCGAACAAUUGCAAGAAUACAAUAAUUUAUUCUUAAAUCUUACAGAUGAGCAAAGAGGUGUAUUCAAGCGAAUAAUGGAAGCAGUAAACAAUCAACAAGGAGGCGUAUUUUUUUUGUAUGGAUACGGUGGCACAGGGAAAACCUACAUGUGGAGAACUCUAGCUUCCUACAUAAGAUCAAAGAAACAAAUUUGUUUAACUGUUGCUUCAUCGGGCAUAACUUCACUACUACUUCCAGGAGGUCGAACGACUCAUUCAAUGUUCAAGAUUCCAAUACCUACAAUGGAGUCUUCUACAUGUAAUAUCGACAAAGGUAGUGAUCGUGCAGAGCUACUAAAAAUGGCAAAGUUAAUAAUUUGGGAUGAAGCUCCAAUGGCACACAGAUUUUGUUUUGAAGCGUUUGAUAAAACCCUUAAAGACAUAAUGGGGCGUUCCAAUUGUUCUGACAAAUUAUUCGGAGGGAAAGUAAUUGUAUUUGGUGGAGAUUUUCGGCAAAUAUUACCAGUUGUACCAAGGGGCAGCCGUUCAGAUAUAAUACAUUCUACAAUAAAUUCAUCGUAUAUCUGGGAUCAUUUUGGCGAUGGGAAAUUGGAAGAACCUAACGAUGGUUACACGGAUAUUCCUAUUCCAAAUGAUUUCUUAAUUUCUAACUAUGAUGAUCCACUAGAAGCCAUUGUUAGUGAAACAUAUCCGAAUUUUCUUAACAAUUACAAGAAUCCAGAAUUUUUGCAAUCAAGAGCUAUAUUGGCAGGAACAAUUGAAACGGUUGACAUCAUAAAUCAAUAUGUUUUGGGAUUCAUACCAGGUGAAGAAAAGGAAUAUUUAAGUUCAGAUUCUGUAGACACUUUUGACGGUGAAGGAAAUGAAGCUUUUGAUGUUUUGACCCCAGAAUUUUUGAAUACGCUUACAACUUCCGGCCUACCUAACCACAAGAUUAAAUUGAAGAUUGGGACCCCUAUUAUGUUGCUUCGAAACAUUGAUCAACCUGAAGGUCUCUGCAAUGGAACAAGGCUUAUAGUUACAAGAUUGGCAAACCACGUUAUCGAGGCAAAGAUUAUAUCUGGAAAGAAUAUUGGAGGGGUUAUCUAUAUUCCAAGAAUGGAUAUGACUCCAACACAAUCUUCGUGGCCAUUCAAAAUGACUAGAAGGCAAUUUCCCAUAACUAUAUGUUAUGCUAUGACAAUUAACAAAUCUCAAGGUCAGUCAUUGGAUUAUGUUGGAUUGUAUUUGCCUAGAAGUGUAUUUAGUCAUGGUCAACUAUAUGUUGCAAUAUCAAGGGUCAAAAGCAAAAAAGGGCUUAAGAUAUUAAUCCAUGACAAGGAUAACCAUCCAUUGAAUUCUACAACAAACGUCGUGUUCAAAGAAGUUUUUGAAAACUUAUAG